AUGGACGGCUCCAAUAUUCCUACCGAGGCCAAGUCUGCAAUUGUCUGCGGUGCGAGCGGCACUAUCAAGGACCAAUAUAUCACAGGCCUUAGGUUGCAUCUAAUCACUGCCUCGCUCUUCAUGUGUCUCUUUCUGACGAAUCUCGAGAUACCUAUUGUCAAUACAAGCGCCUUUAGCAUCACUCGUGAAAUUGGAGGCCUGGAUAAGGUGUUCUGGAUCAUAACAGCUUACAUGCUUGGAUAUGUUGGGGUCCUUGUCAUCUCUGCCAAGUUCAGUGAUCUUUUCGGGAGAAAGUCAUCCUUGAUUUUAGCCAUCUUGAUCUUUAUGAUAUUUUCUGGUGCAUGUGGUGCCUCGCAAACCAUAGUUCAAUUGAUCAUUUUUCGUGCAUUUCAAGGAAUUGGAGGCGCCGGAAACUAUUCUCUCUGUGCUGCAAUCAUUCUGGAGCUGGUACCAUCGGAAAAAUAUGCCAAGUAUACGAGCUCGGUCGCAAUCGUAUACGCACUUUCCCUUCUUCUAGGGCCUAUAUUCGGCGGAGCCAUCUCUGAAUCAUCGACGUGGCGAUGGGUUUUUCUUCUCAAUAUUCCCCCGGUGGCUCUGGCGGGCAUUAUCCUCAUUAUCGCGUUGCCCAACCGCUUCCCAAACCAUCACGCACCGCGAGACGAAAGGAGAAACUUUUCAUUGCAGGAUUAUAUUCGCGAAGUCAUUCGCAAGGUCGACAUGCUAGGCUCCAGCAUGCUUCUGGUUGCACAGUGUGCCUUGUGGCCGCUUUGGAAGAAGCAAACCAAGAGUAUGAAAUGGAAAUCUCCAUUUACCAUUGUCAUGCUCGUUAUUUCCGGUGUGGCAUGGGUCGUAUUUCUGGCGUGGGAAAGGCGAGUCACACUCGCCUCAUCUCAGGUCGAGCCCGUGUUUCCGUGGCGAUUCGUUCAUAACCGGGUCUGGAUAGGAAUGCUUUUGAACUCGAUUUUCUUGGGUGGUACCUGGUUUGUCACUAUCUUUCAGCUGCCACAAAGGUUUCAGGUCGUGAAUGGAUUAUCCCCUCUGCAAGCAGGAAUUCGCUUCAUUCCUUUUACGGCCGCUGCCCCGGUGGGAUCAGCUCUAUCUUCUGCUGUUGUGGGAUUUGCGCUCCUUUCCACUCUGUCAGCCUCCUUGACGAUCACCGCCGCCCAGUAUGGCUAUCAGAUCAUUGCUGGAUUCGGAUGUGGCAUCAAUAUUAGUUUAUUGAUCCUGAUGACCCCUUUUACGGUGGAGGAACGAGACAAAGCUGUCGCUAUGGGGGCUGUGGCCCAGUUCCGGGUCAUGGGAGGCUCCAUCUUUCUAGCCAUUGCGACUUCUGUUUCGAACGGAUUUAUUCGGUCCCACUUGCGCGGAUUAUUGGAUGAUGGUCAGCUUCCUUCUGUUUUGUAUUCGGCUGCAGCUGUUCCCAUGCUACCGCCAGAUGCGCAAAUUAUAGUUCGCACGGUGUUCUCGGAGAGCUACAACCUGCAGAUGAAGAUUCUGGCCGGGUGUGCAGGAGGACAGGUUCUGGCGUCGUUCCUUAUGUGGCAGAAGGAACAGGUCAUCAUAUGA